AUGGCGCAGAGUAACUGGGAAGCAGAUAAAAUGCUUGAUGUCUAUAUUCACGACUAUUUGUUGAAAAGAAAAUUGCAUAACUCCGCCAAAGCUUUCAUGACAGAAGGGAAAGUUGCUACAGAUCCUGUAGCUAUUGAUGCGCCUGGAGGAUUUCUUUUUGAAUGGUGGUCUGUCUUUUGGGACAUCUUCAUUGCAAGGACAAACGAGAAACAUUCUGAGUCAGCUGCAGCUUACAUAGAGACGCAACAAAUUAAAUCAAGAGAACACCAGCAGCAGCUGCAAAUGCAACAGAUGCAACUCAUGCAGCAGCGGAAUGCCCAGUUACAGCGUAGAGAUCCUAAUCAGCCUUCCCUUGGUGGCCCCAUGAAUAACAUGAAUUCUGAAGGAAUGAUGGGGCAGCCAUCUGCAAGUGUAUUGGCUAUGAAAAUGUAUGAAGAACGUAUGAAACAUCCUCAUUCGAUGAACUCAGAUACAAGUCCAGCUAUUAUUGAUGCUAAUAGGAUGGCACUUCUCAAGUCUGCAACCAAUCAACAAGGACAGUUGAUGCAAGGGAAUUCAGGGAGCAUGUCUGUUGCGUUGCAGCAAAUGCAAGGACGGUCUCAACUGGCUACUGUAACUGCUGAAACCAUGUCUUUGUUGAGAUUCUUGAAGCCUAAUACAAGAUGGCUGAACAGGCUGUGGUUGAAUCAAGGUGUCACGGGACUUCCGCUGAAGGGCUGGCCAUUAACCGGUAUUGACCAAUUACGGCCAAGUUUGGGUUUACAAGUUCAAAAGUCCAAUCUACAAACACAAAAUCAGUUUCUUUUGGCAUCACAACAACAGCAGGAGCUAGAUCAUGCACAAGGCAACCUUACUUCACCUAACUAUGGAUUUGGAGGAUUACCUCGGGGUAAUUUUAAUUCAAAAGAUGGUCAACCUCCAAGAAAUGAUGGAUCUAUAUGCUCUCCAGGGCAAUCAAAUUCACUAAAGAUGAAGAUCGCCCAAAUGCAGCAGUCAUCCUCUCAACAACAGGAUCAGUUGCAACAGCAGCAACAUCAAUUGCAACAGAAUAACAGGAAAAGGAAACAGCACUCGUCAUCUGGACCUGCCAAUAGUACAGGUACUGGAAAUACAGCAGGCCCUUCUCCGAGCUCACCAGCAUCAACACAUACACCUGGAGAUGUGUCCAAAAGUAUGAUGAUGUAUGGUGCAGAGGGAACAAUUGGAAUUGCAUCAUCUACCAAUCAGUUGGAUGACUUGGAGAAUUUUGGAGACGUUGGUUCCCUGGAAGACAACGUGGAAUCAUUUUUGUCGCAUGAUGGAGAUGAAAAUAUAUACAGCACUCUGAAACAGGCUCUAAGUGAGCACAAACCAGAAACUUCUAAAGGUUUUUCCUUUGGAGAGGUUGGUUGUAUACGGACAAGAAAUAAAGUGACAUGUUGUCAUUUUUCUUCGGAUGGAAAGUUGUUGGCUAGUGCUGGUCAUGACAAAAAGGCUGUUCUUUGGAACAUGGAUACUCUGCAAACGGAAGCCACUCCAGAAGAACACCAGUACUUAAUUACAGAUGUCCGAUUCCGGCCCAAUACAAGUCAACUUGCGACAGCUUCAUUAGACAAGUCUGUCAGAUUGUGGGAUGCAGCUAAUCCAAGUUGUUGUCUGCAAGCGUAUACAGGGCAUACUUCCCCUGUUAUGUCCCUUGAUUUCCACCCCAAGAAGAAUGAUCUGUUUUGUUUUUGUGAUAGUAACAAUGAAAUUCGCUAUUGGAAUAUCAGUCCAUUCUUGUGCGCUCGAAUUUCCAAGCAAGGAGGCAGUGCACAAGUUAGAUUUCACCCAAUAACUGGACAGAUGUUGGCGGCAGCAUCAGACAAAGUGGUGUCCAUCUUUGAUGUCGAAACUGACAGGCAAAUACAUUCAUUCCAGGGACAUUCUGGUAAUGUGAACUACCUUUGCUGGGAUCUCAACGGCAGUCUGUUGGCUUCCGUCAGUGAGGACUGCAUUAAGGUUUGGUCAUUGGGGUCUGGAGAGUGCACUCAUGAGCUCAACGCCAAUGGGAACCAAUUCCAUUCUUGUGUUUUUCAUCCAACUUAUUCGUCUAUCUUUGUUAUUGGUGGAUUGAAGUCUCUGGAGCUAUGGAACGUGGUCGAAAACAAAAGCAUGACAGUUCCAGCACACGAGAAUAUUGUAUCUGCGUUGGCACAGUCACCCCUGACAGGAAUGGUUGCCUCUGCAAGUCAUGACAGUUCGGUUAAGUUAUGGAAAUAA